GGCAGGGAGGCGCGGAUGAGUGUGUGUGUGUGUGUGUGUGUGUGUUGGCGGAACAGGAGCGAGCCCUGGAUGUUCCGCUGCUGCUCGUGCUGUGGCUGCGGGUGCGAGCGCUUCAUCCUCCUCCUCAUCCUCAGUGCUGUUCGCGCUUGUGAAGUUCUGCGGUUCUGCAUGAGGCUGGAUGGGACUGAAGAGCAGCGAAACACACGCUGCCAUGACGCGCGCGCUCACCGUCAUCGUUUGCAUAUUUACUCUCAUCCGAAGUGGACUCUGUGCGGACUCAGAGGAGCGCUUGAUGAACUGGCUGCUGGGUAAAGAGCGCUAUAAUAAACUGAUCCGGCCGGCACUGAACCGGACCGAGAGAGUGACGGUCCUCCUGCAGGUUUCUCUGGCACAGCUCAUCAGUGUGAAUGAGAGGGAGCAGAUCAUGACGACGAACGUCUGGCUCACUCAGAACUGGAAUGAUUAUCGGCUGUCGUGGGACCCGGCGGAGUACGAGGGAAUCGACAAGCUCCGGAUCCCCUCCAGACACAUCUGGCUGCCUGAUAUAGUGCUGUACAACAAUGCGGAUGGGACGUACGAGGUGACGGUCUUCACCAACGCCAUCGUCCUGUUCAACGGCAGCAUCGCCUGGCUCCCUCCCGCUAUUUACAAGAGCGCCUGCAAGAUCGAGGUCAAGCACUUCCCCUUCGACCUGCAGAACUGCACACUCAAGUUCCGCUCCUGGACCUACGAUCACACCGAGAUCGACCUGCUGCUGAAGUCCGAGGUGGCCAGCAUGGACGACUUCACCCCCAGCGGCGAGUGGGACAUCCUGGCUCUGCCGGGCCGGAGGACGGUCAGCGCUCUGGACCCCACCUACGUGGAUCUGACCUACGACUUCAUCAUCAAGCGCAAGCCGCUCUUCUACACCAUCAACCUGAUCAUCCCCUGCGUGCUCAUCACCUCGCUGGCCAUCCUGGUCUUCUACCUGCCUUCGGACUGCGGCGAGAAGAUGACGCUGUGCAUCUCCGUCCUUCUGGCGCUGACUGUCUUCCUCCUGCUGAUCUCCAAGAUCGUGCCGCCCACGUCGCUGGAUGUUCCCUUGAUAGGGAAGUACCUGAUGUUCACUAUGGUGCUGGUGACCUUCUCCAUCAUCACCAGUGUGUGUGUGCUGAACGUGCACCAUCGCUCUCCGAGCACACACAGCAUGCCGGACUGGGUCAAGCUGGUGUUCCUGGUCAGACUUCCAGCGCUGCUGUUCAUGCAGAGACCGCGGGGAAAAUCGGCCCAUCGCUGUCUGCGGGAUCCUGGAUCAUCUCUGCUGGGCUUCGACGAUCCUCGCAAAUCCGGCAUGUCGUCGUCGGCCUCCGUGCUUUUGGCCGCAUCCUCGGCGCUCUCGUCGCCUGGACACUUUUACAGCAGAGGACCUCAGAUCCAGAAAAGAGAUCUGCGGCCCGCUGGGUUCCUGCCCGACGCACACAACUCCACACAGGACCUGAGAGAGAGCAGGCCGGCUCCAGACCGGGGAUCUGAGAUUCAGGAGGCCGUGGACGGCGUUCGCUACGUAGCGGAUCACAUGAUGGGAAACGACGACGAUCAAAGCGUCAUCGAGGACUGGAAGUACGUGGCCAUGGUGGUGGACCGCCUGUUUCUGUGGAUCUUUGUGAUUGUGUGUGUGGUGGGAACGCUGGGUCUGUUCCUCCAGCCGCUCCUGCAGAGCCACACCGCAGGCAUCCAGCAGCCCAGCGCAGAGCCGUCCAGACGAGACGGGAUGUGAGCCGGAGAGCUCAAUCAACUCAUGCUUUAUAUAUAUAUACA